AUGGCAAUCCAUCCUUCGUUUCCGGAGAUGCCUGUCACAAUCGUCGCUAACGGCACUCCCCUCAUCGAACAUGAAGACCGAGAUGCGACACCAGAUCAUGAGGACCUGGAACGCAACCAUGUCGUUCGCUACAUCGAGAUCCCUGAUGCAUCGGCUAACAAUGGGUCGCCUUCCGACUCCGGCAUUAGCAGUGACGACGACGCUGUCCCUUUCCAGAUUCACGCGGGCCUUCAUGGCCUUCGGCCAGACUCAUAUGCCGGCUUUGACGGGCCAAUUACCGAACGUGAUCAAUACGGUCUCGCAAUGCACAUCUCAGUCGACGGCGAUGAAGUCGAUUCUCUACUCGUCUACCCGGCUAUGAUCCAAAGCCACUACGCCAACGGCAAGACUUGCAUCUCAAAAGGCCAAUACAUUACAGCCGAUAGCGUGCUGCCGUACCGCUUCAGACCCAUCAAGCUGAUCGACGGUGCUAUGGCAGCCGCACGGGGCAUGCGUACUGAUGCAGAGAAAGCGAAGCUCGAGCAACUGGGCAAAGUGAAGACUUGUGUAUGGCAUGUACGCAAGCAAGGUCUAGCUACGCCUGCACUAGCAAGUGACUUUCAAGACAAGAGCAUCCACGGAUUGGACGAAGUGGAUCUCAAAGGCAAGUCGCUCAGCCACAGCAUUGGGUUCGGCGAAGCGAUCCCAGACCGAGGAGCAGCUGCUCUAUCGGAAGUUGAUCAUCUCAAUCUUGAGAAGGGUCCGGUAGCGAUCUACGAGUUCCGCUACGGCUCGCGAGACGCACUGAAAAAGGCACACGUUAUUCCUCGGACGCCUAGCCCAGAACCUGAGGAUCCAGAUGCCGAUUUGCACAAUAUGACCCGUGAAGAACUGAUUGCUUCAGCUUUGGCGACGCGAAAGCGUGAACGCGAGCAGAAUGCACAGACGAUGCAAGUCAAAGAGGAGAUCAUGGAAGCAGAAGGUGGUCCCAUCAACCGCGGUCCGAUCAUUACAAGACAAUUAAACACAGUAAUGUGCAUCGAUGACGAUGACGAGAACUUCCACGAGGAGCCACUCCCGGAGCCAUUAGCAAAGAAGUCGAAGAUCCAGGAGGACCUUACCGCAAUCGACGACGACGAAGAAGAUAUUGAAAAUCAUGCGGGGGCUGAGGAGGAACCUCUGUUCGUGCCAGAGAGGCAGCCUGAUACUGAACUGCCAGAGCAGGAGGAGUACGAUUUCUAUGGCGAGUUUCAGCACCGUUUCGGUCACAAUCUAGACGCUUCUUGA